AUGUUUGGGUUCAUGAAGAAAGACAAGGACAAGGAUGAGGACAGGAGGAAGAAGAAGGACAAGAAGGAGCGGAAGGAGGCGAAGCGCUCCAAGGACCGCGCCACGCUCACACUGGACGAGCUCAAGCGGCUGGACGAGGCGCGCCGCAGCCUUAUUGGCAAGAGCCGCAAGAAGAAGGAUGACAAGCUGCCCAGCGGCAUCACGGCGGACUAUAUGGAGCAGUUUAGGUCUGGCCUGGACCUGGACCAGUCCGAGGUGGACCUGAGUUCGGCGGGCACCUUCCAGGAGCUGCGGGACCGCUACGAGGCCCUCGCUUCCGCCUCCAGCUUGCAGAGCGACUCCAGCAGCGACGGCGUGUCCCUGCGCUCCGGCGGCGGCCUGGCCCCGCGGCCCCCCAAGCGGGGCAUCCUGAAGGGACGGUGUAGCAGCGAGAUGGAGGGCCUGGAGUACCAGGGUGUGUCCGGGGACAUUGAUGACGAGUCCAGCCUGAUGGAGAACACGCGGCAGAACGAGCUCAUCAUGUACGAGAACCUGCGGCAGGAGCGCAGCCUGCUGCUGGACUGCCAGCGGCAGAUCCACGCCAACGCACAGGCCAACGCCAGGCGGCUGUCCAACGGCUCUGGCCCUGUCAGCCCCCGCAGCCCCCAGGGGCAGCCCUUCAUCCCCAUGCUGUCUCCGCAGCACCACGGCAAGGUGCUGGAGGCCAGCCUGCCCUCCACGCCCACCAGCCCCGUGCCUGUGGGCGAGGGCGUGGGUCACCACCACACCAAGACCUUCGCCGCGGACCUGCGGCUGCCUGCCCUCGUGCCGCCCCAGGCCCCGGCGCCCCGCACCCUCACCAUAGACCGCUCCCCUGCGGGAGACUUCGGGUUCUCUCUGCGGCGCGCCCAGGUGGUGGAGCGCGGCCCCGAUAACACGGAGACGCGGCGCACCAUCGUGUUCGCGGAGCCCGGCACGGUGGGGCGCGCCAACGUGACGGGGCUGCUGCCGGGCGACAGACUGCUGCAGGUGAACGGCAUCAGUGUGGAGAACAAAAUACGCGACGAGAUCAUUGAGCUCAUCAAGGCCUCGCCCAACUGUGUCACGCUCGUGAACAGAACAUAA